ACAACAUAGUUGUGUUUGUCUGAGUGCCAGGCUUACAAUACUAAUUUCGGCGGGCCGAGGAAAUCGGAGCGAAGGGAGGGUUUCUGCCAGCUUCUCUGGACUGGCCAAGCCAAUCAUCGUCCACACCUGAAACAUUUUCCUGUGACAUUUCCUUCUUUUAUUCAUUUAAUAAUAAAUACCCCUAACCAAAGAAGACUGUUCAAUCUUCGAGCCUCUUACGUUUCAAUAAUCCUCAAAAAUCAAUCGAAAUUAGGUUUUCUCAGUCGUGUUUCAGAAAUGGAGAUUAUAGGAGCAGAAGGAGAAUUGGUUGAUGUAUUAGUGCCGGUUAGGUUUACAUUAGGAAGACAAUCAUCUCUUGCACCCGAAGGAGGGCUUGGUGAUGAUGGAGAUCAAGAAGAAGAAAAGGUAUUAGAAGAAGUUGAUGAAAUUGAUCCAACUUUCCAAUUAAUGUAUUUAGCUAAUGAAGGUGAUUUAGAAGGUAUAACAGAGUUAUUAGAUUCGGGAGUCAAUAUCAAUUUUCAAGAUAUUGAUGGAAGAACAGCUCUUCAUAUUGCUGCUUGUCAAGGUGUUGCUGAUGUUGUUGAGUUAUUGAUUUCAAGAGGUGCUGAUAUUGAUCCUACUGAUCGGUGGGGUAGUACGCCUCUUGCAGAUGCGAUACACUACAAAAACCACAAUGUGAUCAAGCUGCUAGAGAAGAGUGGGGCAAAGCCUCUGAUGGCUCCCAUGCACGUCCUUACUGCCCGUGAAAUCCCAGAAUAUGAAAUCGACUGUAACGAGCUUGAUUUUUCUGAAAGUGUUGUCAUAACUAAGGGAACAUUUCGUAUUGCUUCCUGGCGUGGAAUUCAAGUUGCGGUGAAAGAACUUCAGGAGGAUUUCAUGGCUGACGAGGAGAAAGUGUGGGUUGGUCAUAUCUUUUUAAUGGAUUAUGAACUUUAUUUCUUAUUGCUUGUUGUUUCGUUGUUGAACCAUUCUUCAUCCUUGAAGUACUCAUUCUUUGGUCACAUCAACAGAAAUGCUUUUAGGGAUGAGCUUGCACUGCUUCAGAGGAUACGACAUCCAAAUGUAGUUCAGUUUCUUGGUGCUGUAACUCAAAGUAGUCCAAUGAUGAUUGUCACCGAAUAUUUACCAAAGGGUGAUCUCCGUGCAUUUUUGAAAAGAAGAGGAGCACUAAAGCCAGAAACGGCAGUUAAAUUCGCUCUUGAUAUUGCAAGGGGAAUGAGUUAUCUGCAUGAGCAUAAAACUGAGGCCAUAAUUCACUGUGAUCUUGAGCCUUCAAAUAUUUUGCGGGAUGAUACUGGGCAUCUUAAAGUUGCAGAUUUUGGAAUCAGCAAGAUACUAAAUGUUGCAAAAACUGUCAGAGAAGAUAAACCUGUGACAUGUCGCGACAAUUCCUGCAGGUAUGUAGCUCCCGAGGUUUUUAGAAAUGAAGAAUAUGACACAAAAGUGGAUGUAUUUUCAUUUGCUAUAAUUCUGCAAGAGAUGAUUGAAGGGCAACCACCUUUUUCCACAAAAGAAGAAGAUGAAGCUGCUACUGCCUAUGCUGCUAAAGAGCGUCCACCCUUCAAAGCUCCACAUAAGCUUUACUCACAUGGCUUAAGAGAAUUGAUAGAGGAAUGCUGGAGCGAGGUGCCUGCCAAUAGACCAACGUUCAAGCAAAUAAUAGAAAAGUUGAAUGCCAUUCUUAAGCAUUUCGACCACAAGCGUCGCUGGACGACAAAACGAUUGAAAUGCUUCCACCUUGAGGCCAUGUGGAAGAAAGAUCAUUCGCACUCUGACGGAAGCUCCCGUUCUACUUCUUCCACCUUUCGAUGAAAAAUGAAACUUCUGAUUAUUGAAUCUCAUAAUGAAAACUCUCAACCUUUUGCAUUUGUUGUUUAGUAAAACGCUAUGGUUAUUAGUGUUUAUCACUAUUUUAUUUGGAUAUUGUCGACAGCGAUAAUAUAUUCAUAUUGAUCUAACCCAGUUAAACUUCUGUAUAGAUUCAUUGGGGUUAGUGUGUCCCCAAGGUUCAAUUGAUUGUAUUUAUUGGGAAGAACUGAAAAUGUAUGAUAACUAUUCUAAAAAUUACUAUAAUAUGGUUUGCAACUGUUCAUUAAA